AUGCCCGUGCCCCAUGAGCCCCCGCCCACCACCUAUGCCUCUGUCCAUGAGCCCCCGCCCACCACGCCUCGUGCCCCCAUGAGCCCUGCCCACCAUGCUCGUGCCCCCAGGCCCUGCCCCUGUACCCGUGCACAUCCGCAAGCCCCGCCCACCAUGCCUCGUACACCCCGCCCUGCCCACCAUGCCUCGUGUACACCCCAGGCCCGCCCUACAUGCCCGUGCACCCAAACUCCGCCCAUGAAUCGUGUACACCAGCCCUGCCACCAUGCCCCGUGCACACCCAUGAGCCCGCCCACCAUGCCCGUGCACACCCCAGGCCCCCCACCAUGCCCCGUGCACCCAAACUCCGCCCACCAUGAAUCGUGUACCCCGCGAGCCCUGCCCCACCAUGCCCCGUGCACCCAUGAGCCCCGCUACCAUGCCCCGUGCACUACUGAGCCCACCAUUGCUCGUGCACCCAAACCCCGCCCCACCGCCCUUGCCCCCACGUGUUAG